GCCGUAGUCUUUUCCGCAUCCGGCAUCCCCACCUGUUCUCCACUGGCACGCGCAUCUCCCCGCAGAAUCUGCCGGACUCUGAAACCCCACGCAGACACAGCUCCGCUCCGCCCUCACCCGGCCACCUCCUCCCACCCACCGCCGCCGGCGGAGCCAUGGAGGUCGGCGGCGAGGAGUUCGCGGUCGGCGUGGUGAUCUCCGCGAAGACCACCCUCGGGGAGGAGUUCGAGGGCCAGAUCGUCUCCUUCGACCGCCCGAGCAACCUCCUCGUCAUCCAGGAGGGCGUGGGCAGGGCGGAGAGGGGCGAGCGGCGGAACGUGAGGGUGCUCAAGGCCAACUACAUCCAGGAGUUCUCCGUCGUCGGAAAGUACGACGACCCGCUCGACCCGGCUGGCUGUGUGCUCGACCUCGCCGCCAUCCACGCCAGGGAGGAGGCCGCCCUCAGGCAAGCUGAGAUUGAAGCUGAGAGAAUUGGUGUUGGUGUCACCCCAGAAGCUCAAAGAUUAUUUGAUGCAUUGUCGAAGACGCUUCCAGUUCAUUGGGACAAGACCGACAUUGUUGUAAUGAAGGAGGUUCGUGUAUGCAGUCCCUACCUGCCUGAAAAUGUCAGCGGCGGAACAUCAGCUGCUAAUGAACGGGUUAAGAAAGUGCUGGACUUUGAGAGGAAAAGACAACAUGUGCGUGUACCUGGCCAAUUCUAACUUGUUCGACUUGACAAUUUUCCACCUCAACUCCUGCUGUGAUCUGUUUCUAAAUCCGACCUUAUUCGUCCAGUUUCAUCAGUUGAAUUUUCUAAAAAUCUGUUUCAGCAUGCCGUUCUCACAAACUACCACACUAGCAAGCUUAUUGAUACUCUGCUAUUAGAUGCCGUAUGUGGUGGUGAAUAAUUGCAGCACGCCGUGCUGAUAAUUCUGUGGCUGAUAGUGAAAGGUUGUGUGGCUGAAGCAAACUAAGGAAAGAAAAUAGAUUGGUGGCACUGAAAGAAUAGGAAGUUGUAUUAACAACUAAGAAAAGAUGCGGAGCAAAGCCAAAACUGAAAAUUAGUCUCUCAGACUUUGUAUUACUCUUCCUGGUGGAAUAAUAUUUCCAGCUUGUGAUGUUGUA